AUGGAUCUAAGCAUGAAUAGUUUUCAUGGUAAAAUACCUGGAAAUUUUCAUAAAGGUUGUUCAUUGAGAAGUUUUUCCGUCAAUCACAAUCAGCUAGAAGGGUCACUACCACGCUCUUUGAUUAAUUGCUCGGAAUUGGAAAUUUUAAAUGUAGGGGACAACAACUUAAACGACACCUUUCCGAAUUGGUUAAGAAAUUUGAAGCUACAAGUUCUUAUCUUGCGGAAUAACCGAUUCUAUGGUCACAUUGGCAGCUCUGAAGGUAGAUUUUCCUUCUCUUGUUUGCGAAUCAUUGAUCUCUCUCACAAUGACUUCAAUGGUCACUUGCCAAUGAAAUUUUUUGAAAAUCUGCAUGCUAUGAGAAGUGGAAGUGAAAGCAAAAGUGACUCAAAGUACAUGACAUAUGCUCUGUCUAAUCCAGAUGGUUUAUUUUAUCAACCUUUAUAUAUUACAACAAAAGGGUUGGAGAUACACCUUGAGAGAGUCUUAACCAUUUUGACCAUUAUUGAUUUUUCAAAUAAUCAAUUUAAUGGACAGAUACCUAUAAUACUUGGAGAACUUCAUUCACUUAUAGUCCUCAAUCUUUCUUACAAUAGUUUAACGGGUCCUAUCCCUUCAGUGUUAGGGAACUUGUCAAUACUUGAAUCAUUAGAUCUCUCAUCGAACAAGCUUGAAGGAAAAAUUCCAGCACAAUUAGUCAACCUUAUAUUCUUAGCGGUCUUAAAUCUUUCUUGGAAUAAUCUCAUGGGACUCAUUCCUCAAGGCAAACAAUUUGAUACUUUCACAAAUGAUUCCUACAUUGGAAACUCGGGUUUAUGUGGACUUCCUUUAUCAAAAAACUGUAAUGAUGAGCAGAAUUUGGAACCACAACCAACAAAAUUUGAUGAAGAUGGUGAUGCUGUGGAUUGGAAAUUUUCUAUAUUGAUGGGGUACGGAUGUGGGCUGGUUUUUGGAAUAAGCAUGGGAUACAUUGUGUUCACAACUGGAAAACCAUGGUGGUUGGUUAAGAUCAUUGAGAGAGGUCAACAAAAAUAUGUUAUCAAAGGGAAAAUCCGCAGAAGUGGAGGAAGAAAAUAA